AUGAGCAUGUCUGGUAUUAGCAUUCUCUUCUCAUGUCUGGAUAGUCUUGAACCUAACCAUGAGGUUCGUGUUGGCCAUAUUGGAGCAGUGGGUUAUAUGAAAAAUGGUGAGAAAAUUCUUGAGAUCUCCAGAACUAACUAUGGAAGGACGGCAUAUUGGACGAGGAUUUCGACAUUGACUACCUGGGAUUUUCAUUUCACUGAAAUUAUUUUAAAAUAUAUUUUUAGCAUUAUCAAUCAAAUGGGCUGCGGUGAAGCGUUCGAAGGUGUGGCCGUCGGAGCGGACAUGUACCACGUGCAAAAAGUUCGCGCCUUCAUUGGUCCCUACUGUAACGCCGAAUUGGACGCGGUAGCGAAAAUGGCAACCUUCUGGAACAUUCCUGUUGUUGGUUACAUGGCCUCGUCGAACGCAUUUGCCGACAAAUCCAUCUAUAGGACCCUGGCUCGUGUUUCACUGAGGACAACGAACUCUUUGGCUGAAGCUGUCGCUGCUAUUCUCAAUCAUUACAAUUGGAAAAGGGUACUUAUCUUUUUUAUUACAAUAUCUUAUCGAAAUUAUUACUUGUUUCGAUAUUUUGUGAUGUUCGAUGAGUACGCUGAUGCUAAAACCAUGGAACAAAGUGGUCUACUCAAUGAGCUGUCGAACAAUGCUCGAGUGAUUAUCUGUAUCUUUUCGUCGACACGUGAAAUGUCCAAGGAAUUCAUGAGAGCGGCUUUCAACAGCAAGUUGAACACGCAUGAUUAUGUCUACAUUCUUCCGUGGUUACAGUCUGAAAAGAAGGAUCUGGCGCCAUGGAUUGGAGAGGACGGGCAGAUUCAGCAGAAUAUCAAGGAUCACUUCGCGAAUUCACUCAUUGUGAAGUGGGAACUUUUGCACUUUCAAGCACUAGACCAGGCCCUGAAAGCUAACUCCUUCACCAGGGUGUACAUUGACGACGUGAACGGAUUUGAUGACACACUUGUGACGCCAUUUCGCGAGCGUGUGGAGGCAAACGGAAUGACUACUGACGAUUUGGACUUGGCAAACAUCUAUGGCUACAUCCACCUAUACGAUGCACUUGCGACUCUAUGCGAUGCUGUUCGCACAGCGAUGAAUCGAACAGGAAAUCCGGACAUCUAUCAGGAUGGACGAUACAUAUGGAAUCAGAUGAGACGUAUCACCUUCCCAGGUCUUGUCUCGGCUGCUGGUGUAAGUUCUGGGACCGUCAUGAUGGACGAUAUUGCUGAACGUGCCCCAAUUUAUGCAGCUUUCCAUGUGCCGGCUAACAGCGAAACAGUAAGAAAGGUAAACGAGAUCGAACCAAAGUUAAUCAGCAACUGUGAUGGCCUGAAAACAAAGACCGGCUGCUUUGACCUGCAAAUCACAGACGUAAUGACGGGAUUCUGGCCCUCACCGGACGGAGCCAUGCCGAAAGAGGAGCCGGCAUGUGGUUUUCGUAAUGAGCGCUGCGACUACACGAUGAUUAUCAUUGCCGGUGUAAUACUGACAGUACUACUCUGCAGUGUUGUGAUCACUCUCAUCAUGAUUCGAGUGUGUGAGAACCGUUCAUUGGCAAGAAUGCCGUGGAGAAUUUACCGGGAUGAUUUUAGAGUGAUUAACGAGGACGAAGUUAAGUCUAUGCUAUCGAUUGGAUCGACGUCUACAAAGCUGUCGAAUUCGACGUCAUUCGCCAAGCACCAUGCCGUGCUUGGUACAAACACUCAUGCCUCAUUUCAUGUCUAUCCCCAACGACGUCCAAUUACUUUCAAUCGCGUUGACAUGCAGUUGCUGACAUUGAUGAAGCAGUCUAUCCAUGACAACCUAAAUCCGUUCCUUGGCAUGUCGUUCAAUGAGAAAGAGGAAAUGGUACUGCUAUGGAAGUUUUGUUCCCGUGGUACUGUACAGGAUAUCAUAUACAACAAAGAGAUGGUACUGGAUGCGAAGUUCCACGGCGCUUUCAUCAGAGACAUUACACUGGGUCUGGAAUAUCUUCACUCGUCUCAAAUCGGCUUUCACGGUUCACUUACCCCAUGGGCUUGUCUCAUCGAUCGGAACUGGAUGGUUAAACUGACAGACUUUGGUAGGUGUCAUGAAACUGACGUGGGUUACUAA